AUGGCGCCAGAGAAUUUUCGUGCUCUCAGCACUGGGGAGAAAGGAUUUGGUUACAAAGGUUCCUGCUUUCACAGGAUUAUCCCGGGAUUUAUGUGCCAGGGUGGUGACUUCACACGCCAUAAUGGCACUGGAGGCAAGUCCAUCUACGGGGAGAAGUUUGACGACGAGAAUUUCAUCCUGAAGCACACAGGUCCUGGCAUCCUGUCCAUGGCGAACGCCGGACCCAACACGAACGGUUCCCAAUUUUUCAUCUGCACCGCCAAGACCGAGUGGUUGGAUGGCAAGCACGUGGUGUUUGGCAUGGUGAAGGAAGGCAUGAACAUCGUGCAAGCCAUGGAGCGCUUUGGGUCCCGGAACGGCAAGACCAGCAAGAAAAUCACCAUUGCUGACUGUGGACAAAUCUAAUAAAUUUGACUCGUGUUUUAUCUUAACUACCAGACCAUUCCUUCUGUAGCUCGGGAGAGCGCCCUUCUGCCCCCAUCUGCUCGAAAUCUAGAGUCCCUGUGUUCCUGCUGCAGUUCCACGGGUCCUGUGUCCUCCUUACUCCCCUCCAAGUUUAGCUGGAUUGCAGAGUGAAGUUUAUGAUCAUGAAAUAAAAGCUAAACAACA